AACCCUAAUUCCUCUUUCUCUACCCCCAAAACCCUAACCCUUGCCUCUCUUCAGUUCUCUCCACCACCAGCAGAAAUGGCCGCUGCUCGCCCUCUCGUCUCCGUCCACAACCUGGACUCCGACAUGGCCACCGACGGCGCCACCACCACCCUCCCCUUACCGGACGUCAUGAAAUCCUCCAUCCGCCCCGACAUCGUCAACUACGUUCACACCAACAUCUCCAAGAACUCCCGCCAGCCCUACGCCGUCUCCAAAAAGGCCGGCCACCAGACCUCCGCCGAGUCCUGGGGCACCGGUCGCGCCGUCUCCCGUAUCCCCCGUGUUCCCGGCGGCGGCACUCACCGCGCCGGCCAAGGUGCUUUCGGAAACAUGUGCCGCGGCGGCCGCAUGUUCGCUCCGACCAAGAUCUGGCGCCGCUGGCACCGCCGCAUCAACGUCAACCAGAAGCGCUACGCCGUCGCCUCCGCCAUCGCAGCCUCUGCCGUUCCCUCCCUCGUCAUGGCUCGCGGCCACCGCAUCGAUUCGGUCCCUGAGAUCCCUCUCGUCGUCAGCGAUUCUACUGAAGGAAUCGAGAAGACUUCGGCGGCGAUCAAGGCUUUGAAGCAGAUUGGAGCUUAUUCUGAUGCUGAGAAAGCGAAAGAUAGCCAGGCGAUUCGUCCUGGUAAAGGUAAAAUGCGUAAUCGUCGAUACAUUUCCCGAAAAGGUCCACUCAUUGUUUAUGGAACCGAGGGUUCGAAGCUCGUGAAAGCAUUUCGCAACAUUCCGGGUGUUGAGAUUGCCAAUGUUGAGCGCCUCAAUCUUCUGAAGCUCGCCCCCGGUGGUCAUCUCGGCCGAUUCAUUGUCUGGACUAAAUCGGCUUUCGAGAAGUUGGAUUCGAUUUACGGAUCGUUUGAGAAGCCGUCGGAGAAGAAAAAGGGGUACGUGUUGCCGAGGUCGAAGAUGGGGAACGCGGACUUGACUAGGAUUAUUAACUCUGAUGAAGUGCAGUCAGUGGUGAGGCCAAUUAAGAAGGAGGUGAAGAGGGCACCAAUGAAGAAGAACCCGCUGAAGAAUUUGAAUACUAUGUUGAAGCUGAACCCGUAUGCCAAGACUGCGAAGAGGAUGGCGCUUCUUGCUGAGGCUCAGCGAGUCAAGUCUAAGAAGGAAAAGCUUGAUCAGAAGAGGAAGCCAAUCACUAAGGAGGAGGCUGCCAAAAUCAAGGCUGGUGGAAAGGCAUGGUACAAGACAAUGAUAUCGGAUAGUGAUUACACCGAGUUUGAAAACUUCUCAAAGUGGUUGGGCGUCUCCCAGUGAUUUACUUUUCUUCUGCCUUUGGUUUUGUCUUAGAGAUACUAUCUUAUCUGUUUGUUUUUGUUUUUGUUUUUUUUUUAAGUGUUGUCAAUUUGUUUUUUUGUUUUUUUUUUUGUGCCGGUUUUAAGACUUUAAAGGAAAGGGGGAAUUACUGGAAUAAUAGUUAUCUUCAUCAAAUUGAGUUUCCUCCCUUCCAUGUUUUGGUGUCAUAACUUCAUGAUGGCUAGUUGGAUGAAAGUUUCAUGUUAAACAGAACCUCGAGUUAGAUAUUUACAGUUGAAGUUUGUCAUUCAAAAAAUGGUUUUUUAGUA